AUGUCAGGAACUUUGUAUGUUACGGCUAAUAUGCAUUUUCAUGAGAUAUUAGGUGUACUUGCUUCCUUGUUGGAGUGGACACAAGAUGAUGAUAUUAAUAUUGUUCUUAUGGGUGAUCAAAUGAGAAAAAAGUUUAACAAGUAUUAUGGAGACUUUGGAAAAACAAAUGUGAUGGUGUUAGUUGCGAUUGCUCUUGAUCCAAGGUAUAAGAUGAGGUUUGUGAAUUUUUCUCUAAGAAAAAUCUAUCAUUUGGACUUCAAGAAGGUUGAAGAACUAUAUGCUCAAGUGUUUGAGGUUUUGAAUAAACUAUAUAAUCAUUAUUCUAAUGUUUCUUCAAUAACAAAGAAUGACGAUUCUAGUUCUUUCAAUACAAAUGAUAACGAUGGUCAAAAUUUUGUUGGUGUGGUUAAGAAUAAGCAAAUGAGAAAAAUAUAUGAUGAGUUCUAUGAAAAUGAUGUUGAAGAUGCUAUGGAAAAAUCUGAAUUUGAGGAAUAUCUUGAUGCUCCACCCAAAAAAAUAAAUAAUGAAACAUUUGAUAUUUUGAAGUGGUGGAGUGACAAAUGCACAUCAUAUAAGGUGUUGGCAUCAAUGACAAAGGACAUUCUAGCCAUUUUGGUUUCUACGGUUGCUAAUGAGUCCACUUUUAGUACAUCUGGUCAUGUGGUGGAUGACUUUCAUAGUAAUUUGAUUCCGAAGGCGGUGGAAGCUUUGAUUUGUACUCAAGAUUGGUUGAGGACGUCAAAUGUUUGUAUUGACCUUGAACAAUUAUUGGAAGAUGUGGAAAAUAUGAGGAAGAAAUUAGUCGCAAUAUGGAAGAUACACGUGGAGGGAAUUAGCAGUUGCUGUUUUUGAUGUUGGGAUGUUGCUGUUUGCUGUUUGCUGUUUUUUGCUUGCUGCUGGUGUUGUUUUGUUGUUGAUGUUUGGCUGUUUGUUGUUUCCUAUUGAUGUUGUUUUGUUAUGGCUAUUUUACUGUUCUUGUGCUGUUUUGAAAAUUGCUGAAAAUUGUUUGUUGUUUUGCUGUUUUGGCUUUCGUUAUUGCUG